CGUGCUCUUUGGACCGGAAGUUCCAGUCAGUCGCUGCCAUCGUCAUCAUCAGACCUGCAGCUAACAACCGGCUGGUUCCGCGAGGGAAACGCUUGGCCGGCGACAGAGUUUUUCGGAAUGAUAUAUUGGACUUUACUGUUAUCGUUUGAUUUACUUUAAGAUUCUGGUUUUUGACCGUCCCGGAAGAGGUGGAGGAGUUUUCGAGAAGUUUUUCGCUGUUCCCUGAAAAGAACCAUCCUUUAUUUUUGUGAGUGCACGUAAGAGGAGGAGAGAGCUGAGUCUCCAUAUGUGUGUAACAAUGGGGGAUAUCAGUGACCUGGACCGGCAGAUUGAGCAGCUCAGACGCUGUGAACUCAUAAAGGAAAAUGAAGUCAAAGCUCUUUGUGCAAAAGCCAGAGAAAUUCUUGUUGAAGAAAGUAACGUCCAGAGAGUGGACUCUCCUGUCACUGUGUGCGGCGAUAUUCAUGGUCAGUUCUAUGACCUGAAGGAACUUUUCAGAGUGGGUGGAGACGUGCCAGAGACAAAUUAUCUCUUCAUGGGAGAUUUUGUGGAUCGAGGCUUUUACAGCGUGGAGACGUUCCUACUUCUGCUCGCUCUCAAGGUACGUUACCCAGACAGGAUUACAUUGAUCCGGGGAAACCAUGAGUCACGACAGAUCACACAAGUGUAUGGUUUCUACGACGAGUGCCUCCGCAAGUAUGGCUCUGUAACUGUGUGGAGAUACUGCACGGAAAUAUUUGACUAUCUCUCCCUCUCUGCAAUCAUUGACGGCAAGAUCUUCUGUGUGCACGGAGGCUUGUCUCCUUCUAUUCAGACCCUGGAUCAAAUCAGGACCAUUGACAGGAAACAAGAAGUGCCUCAUGACGGGCCCAUGUGUGACCUCCUCUGGUCAGACCCUGAAGACACAACAGGGUGGGGGGUCAGUCCCAGAGGGGCCGGCUAUUUGUUUGGCAGUGACGUAGUGGCCCAGUUCAACGCUGCCAACGACAUCCACAUGAUCUGCAGGGCACAUCAGCUGGUGAUGGAGGGCUACAAGUGGCACUUCAAUGAAACGGUGUUGACUGUCUGGUCGGCUCCAAAUUACUGCUACAGAUGUGGCAACGUGGCAGCCAUCUUGGAGCUGGAUGAGCAUUUACAGCGCGAAUUCAUCAUCUUUGAGGCAGCGCCGCAGGAGACCAGAGGGAUCCCCUCCAAAAAGCCAGUGGCUGACUACUUCCUGUGAUGUGGCCGAGUCGUGUCAAUGUCUCCGUUGCCCUUUAAAGCAGUUGCCCUCCACUUGCAGCAGGACACUCUUGUCUGUUCCACCCAAGAAUAUUCGGGACAUCAACCCCCUGUGAAUUACACACAGAUUUUCACGCAGCUAGAUUUUGCCUCACUGCUUCCAUCUGACGCUCUCUGUGGGAGGAUUUCACGCGAGGCAGAAAUUGGGUCCAUUUUUUUUUUUUUUUUGCAUCCACUGUUCCAGUAUUUCUGCUUCCUUCCGAUGUAGUCUUGACAUCUGCCUUCACCAUCACAGACUUCUCUUCUAGUAUAGCUUCUGAUUGACAAUGAGGUGAUGCUUAUAUAGAAGCUUGAUGAUAUAAUUUAAUUUCUUUAACACAUGUUUUUGAUUGUUCACAAUGAUGUCAAGGUUCUAUGAAAAAAUGUGUUGCUCUAUUGCUUUUGUUGAACUCUGAUUAUGAACAUAACCAGUGCUGCUCCACACACAGCCACUCAAUCACAUGUACCUACUCCAGACAGGACAACUUCAUCUCGCUCAUCACUCUCUCAUGAUUCCUUUUUAUCUCUUGAAGUCUCUGUAGGUCUGUUGAUUUUUGAUAUUGUCAAAUAAAGUUUUUUGUA